GCCCCCGCCCGGCGUGCCCGGGAUCCGCGCGGCGCGGGCAUGCCCAGUGCGGGCACAGCUGCCCCGGCGUGGGAGCGCCGAGCCGAGAGGGCCCUUGGCGGGCGAGGGCCGGGGCCGCGGCGGCAGCGGAGCUGCCUGGCCCUUCAUGAUGAGAGGUUCUGAGGUGCUUCUCUCUUUUUCUGUGUAGUUGGUAUAUUGGAAGGUGAAGAGAUGGCUGACAGUGUCAAAACCUUCCUCCAGGACCUGGCCAGGGGCAUCAAAGACUCCAUCUGGGGUAUCUGUACCAUCUCAAAGCUGGAUGCUCGAAUACAGCAGAAGAGGGAAGAGCAGCGACGGAGACGGGCCAGCAGCGUCCUUGCGCAGAGGAGAACACAGAGUGUAGAGCGGAAGCAGGAGAGUGAACCACGUAUUAUUAGUAGGAUUAUCCUGUGCUGUGCCUGGAAUGGAGGCGUAUUCUGGUUUAGUCUCAUGCUGUUUUACCGAGUGUUUAUUCCUGUGCUUCAGUCAGUGACAGCGCAAAUUAUUGGUGAUCCGUUACUACAUGGAGAUGUUUGGUCAUGGCUGGAAUUCCUCCUCACGUCAAUUUUCAGUGCUCUCUGGGUGCUUCCCCUGUUUGUGCUGAGCAAAGUUGUCAAUGCCAUUUGGUUCCAAGAUAUAGCUGAUCUGGCAUUUGAAGUAUCAGGAAGGAAGCCGCACCCAUUCCCUAGUGUCAGUAAAAUAAUUGCUGAUAUGCUCUUCAACCUUUUGUUGCAAGCUCUUUUCCUUUUCCAGGGGAUGUUUGUGAGUCUCUUCCCCAUCCAUCUCGUUGGUCAACUGGUUAGCCUCCUGCAUAUGUCCCUUCUCUAUUCACUUUACUGCUUUGAAUAUCGCUGGUUUAAUAAAGUGGCUGCCUCUUCUCCAUCCUCUUUCCUUUAUUCAUUAUCAGCGCUAAUGAGGCAAAGACUCCCGGCAAAGCAUACCUUUUUCAGUUGCGCCUCUUCUCCUUGGUGGUCUUCUUAAGCAACAGACUUUUCCACAAGACAGUCUACCUGCAGUCAGCUCUGAGCAGCUCAGCCUCUGCA